AUGCCCACAACGACGCCCGCAUCGCCCUCCACGUCGCCCAAGCCGUUGGCCCUGGAGGCAUACGACGCCUCUGCAGGCGUCCUCGUGCCAGGCUUUGGCCUUGGUCCGGCGGUGCUGCACCCCUUUGAGCAUCAUCCGCCCCUCGACUUUGUCCACGACCCGUACCUCGACGGCCCCCAGGACAUUGACGACAACGACGACCAGGUCUCUUCUCUCUCCUUUGGCUUCUCCUCCGACUUCACCACCGACUUUAGCCUCGGCAACGAAGUAGCAGCACCACUCCACCACCACCAGCAACAGCAGCAGUCUUCUUAUCUCAAGCACCAUCACCACCACCACCACCAAGACCACCAAAACCACCAGUACUCUUCCCAUCACCACCACCAAGACCACCAAAACCACCAGUACUCUUCCCAUCACCACCACCAAACAUACGACACCAUGAAUUUGCCCAGCUCCCACAUCCCGCCCCGCCGCAGCGCGAGCAUCCACUCCCUCACCCCCUCGCGCGACCUCGUCGUCGCCGCAAAGUCCCCCGAGAAAUCCGCCGCCGCCGCUGCCGCGACCGCCACAAAGUCCAAACGAGUACGGACGGGCUGUCUAACGUGUAGGGAACGGCAUCUAAAAUGUGACGAAGGCUUACCAGACUGUCUAAAUUGUCGCAAGAGCAAUCGAGAAUGCAAACGCGGCGUGCGGCUCAACUUCAUAGACGUCCAGGUCAAGAAACCGCCCUACAUGCCUCCCACCGUCGAGUGGUCGGUGCAAUUCCAAGAUGAGUCAAGGCAAAUCGCCUCAGAAUACGUCGGCGGACUCGGCCGGUACGCGCACCUCGACAAGGUCGCCGUCGCCGCCGCCCCCCGGCCUGAGCCGAGCCAUCUAGAGCAGACCCUCCGGCACCAGAGCCACCUCCUCCCCCACGCCCGCGCCGCCCCGGGCCCGGACGCCUCCGUCUCCCCCCGGACUCACCUCCAACACCACCCGCCGCCGCCCUCGCUGCCGCCCUCCUACGCCCCCUACCCGCCACACGCCGCCCAUCGGCCCCCGGAGCCCCCUCGCGCCGCAGACUACCCUCCUCACCGCCGCGAGAGCGAGUCCGCCACCGCCUACCUCACCCCCCAGAACUCGGCGCACCCGGGCCCUCACCCGUACGCCGGCUACGAGCACUUCGCCGCCCUCCGCGACAACGCCCACCACUCCCACUCUCACCACCACUCGCACUCUCGCUCCCACACCCACCGCGACAGCGACGCCUCCUCCGCCGCGUCCAUCGUCCCGCAACCAACCGCCCCGCCGCCGUCCUACCGACACAGCGCCGCCGCCGGCCCCAAUGCCGCCAACGGCGCCAACGCCCUCGCGCCCGACGGCAUGAUGACCCCGCCGCCCAGCGAGAAGGCCACCGCCGGCGAGCGCGAGUACCUCAACUCGCCCGAGGAGAUCCUCUACAUGCAGGUCUUCGUCGAGGAGGUCGGCGUCUGGAUGGACUCGCUCGACAAAGAAAAACACUUCUCCCGCCUCAUCCCCUACCACGCCCUCAAGUCCCCCAUGCUGCUCAACGCCUUCCUCGCCUGCGGCGUCAAGCACCUCACCCUCGUCAACCCGGCCUACCAGGACGACAAGGCCCUCUUCUACUACGACACCGCCACCACCCAGCUGCUGCGCUCGCUGCAGAACCCCGACCGCAACACCGGCGAGUGCGCCACCACCGCCGUCGUCCUCAACGUCUACGAGAUCAUGUCCGAGAAGCCCGCCCAGCGCAUGAACCACAUCGCCGGCGCCCGCGCGCUGAUCCGCGAGUGCAAGUGGGACGCGCGCUCCAGCGGUAUUGGGGCGGCGUGCUUCUGGCUCAACAUCGGCAUGGAGGUGCUUUCCUGUCUGGCCUUCAACUGGCAGACAUCGUGGGACCCGGACUCGUGGGGGCUGGACGUGGACUUCGCCGCCGAGAGCAACGGUGCCGGUGCUGCGACUGCUGCCGCGGCAGCGUCGGGCGACGGCUUCGGAUCGGAGGAGCUGUGGGUCCAUCGCAUCCUGUACAUCGUGGCCAAGAUCGCCAACUUCCGCGCCACGAUCCCGCGCUUCCAGGAGCCGAGCCCGCACGACGAGCAGAUCCGCCUCGGCAACCGGCUCGCGCAGUGGCAGGACCUCAAGCGGCUGUGCGACAAGUGGAACAACGCGUGCCCGCGCACGAUGCACCCCUUCGGCUACCUCUACCCCUCGCAGACCAACUCCAAGUCUGCCUUCCCCAACGUCUGGCUCAUCAAACGCGCCGCCAUCAUCGGCCGCCUCUUCUACCACACCGCCCAAUGCCUCCUCGCGCAAACCAACCCCAUGGAGCCCGGCAAGGCCUCGGAGGAAAUGCGCGCCCUGCAGCUGCACCACGCGCACCAGGUCUGCGGCAUCGUCGCGCACACAAAGGACCGCGGCGUCGCCUCCGUCGCCAUCCGCUCCCUCGCCAUCGCCUCCGCCGUGCUCACCGACCCGCGCGAGCAGGAAGAGGUCCUCGAGAUCCUCGACAAGAUCCACGCCGCCUCCGGCUGGCGCCUCGGCAAGAUCCACUCGGAGCUCAAGAAGUCGUGGGGCUGGCCCUCGCCCGCGGGGGGCAGCACGCCCGUCAUGGCGCACCCGGACCCCAGAGGAGGAAGCGGCGGCGGCGGGAAGUACUACGCGAGCAGCACGAGCGGCGGCGCACCGCCCGCGAUGACGGCGGCGAGCAGCCAGCCGCCCGCGGCGCCGAUGAAGGCGCUCGUGAACCCGCUCAGCUUCGCGGACUUUUCGCUGCCGAAUCACCCGUACCAGAACUGGUACGAGCCGCCGAACCGGUCCAACUCGUACAGCUCGCAGACCUUCCUCUGA